AGCUGUGACUAGAAUCAAAUAAAAACCAAGUAAAUUAUAGAUUCAAUUUUAUGAAUCGACUUCCUUUGCAGACGAAAUAGGAAGGCUUUGAGGCAAGAUUGCAGUUAAGUUUCACUUUUUGCGCGUCUUUAGCGAAAGCAAAACGAACCAGCAAACCUAAGAAUGCGACCAGUUUACCAAGCUCAGCGAACGGCCUUGCAUUUGCAGCGAAGGAGGAUGCUCGUAAGUGAUAUCGCUCAGUUGCGCGCCCGUUGCAUGAUAUUUCUUGUAAUCUCGAAGUGAAGAAGAGGUCUAUUUAGUUAAUCAUCGUGACCAAUCAAUAAUCUAGAGAGUUAUACAACUAAUGUUAUACAACUGUUGACACGAUCAUGUUUACGGAAUUGUCUGGUUUCCAUACUGCUCGAUCUGAUAGUCAUAAAUAAGCAUGAUUAAUAGUCAUAAAUUAGUAUGAUUAAUUAUUUUAAGUAAAGGGUUAGGGUUAGGUUUAGGUUUAGGGUUAGGUUUAGGGUUAGGGUAAACUAAUUACGUCAUCAGGUCGAGCAGUAUGGAAACUAGACAACUCCCGUGUUUACAUGUGUCAGCAGCUGUGAUUGUUUUUUAAAUGAAUCCAACAACCGUCUGAUAUAUAAGACAUCGAUCUGUUUUGAGAUCAUUAAUGGCAAGCUAGUAGGCUCGAUAAGCAAAGCGCCAUUCCGACAAAGAGAAACGUUAGUUAGCAGGCCAGAGUAUAAAUAAGAGAUUGCAACUUCGGCUAGGAAUCAAAGCAUAUUGCACAGGGUCUUGGUAUCAUGUCAGUGGCGAAUACAAGCAAUUCGUCUGAAGUUGACUAUCGAGAUAAAAUCAAGGUUGAUGUGUCUGCUGUUCUGCCAGCGUAUCUAAUCGUAUUAGCAACAUGCUUACUCGGCAAUAUCUUGGUAUGUAUAACAAUCAUGAAGAAUCAAGAAAUGCGAAAGAAAAGGUGGUACUAUUUCUUGAUCAAUUUAUCUAUUUCUGACAUGGGUCUUGCACUGUUUACACCUGUUUAUCUGUUGCAGUCUGCUGGAGUCGAUAUGGGUGACGCUGGGUGCAAACUUGGCAUUCACAUUAUAGACACGUUCUUGGUGACGUCGGUUCUAACACUUGGCUACAUCAGCAUUGAUCGUUACAUUUGCAUAUGCCAUCCCCAGGUUACCAGACUGAGGCGCGUACACCCCGUUUGGAUAAACAUCGGCUUAUGGGUCUCAGCCAUCAUCUUCCUCUCACCGUUCUCCAUAUACUGCUAUAGAGGCAAAGUGGCUAGCAAUAGCUGUGACUGUAGAUCUGCCUGGCCUGCUGCAGUGUAUUACAGGGUCUACAAAUUUGUGCUCGCAUCUGUUUGGUUUCACAUCCCCUUCCUGACCAUGAUUUUCUGUUAUUCAAAGAUAAUCUUGCAGCUUUGGGGCAAGAAAGGGGAGAGGAGCUCGAUUGCGUAUGAUCAGUCGGGCAAAAAGAAGCGCAGCAUAAAAAUGAUGAUCCUGGCAACAUCGCUGUUCUUCACUUCAUGGUUUCCCUAUACUGUGUUGUAUCUAAUAAAGGAAAUGAAUGUUGGCGAUCCGAGGAUAGUCGGGAAAUGCUGGCUGUUCAUUCAGUUGAUUGCCUUUGCAAACUCUGCCUGGAACCCAUUCACAUACUGCGUUUUCAGCAUAGAAUUCAGGGAAGGUUUCAAGAGAGUAUUCUUCUGGAGAAAAGAGAGAAAAUACAGAGCACAAGAGGUGCAUAGCGAUGCACUUGGGUCGAAAGAUGCUUUGGAGAAAAAGAGAGCGACUAGAAGUGAACAUUUAAGUGACAAAACUGGUACUAGCCAAAGAGAUGUGUCCACAUGAAAUCUGUUUAUAAAGAAGAAGGUUCCUUGCUGUCACCCAAUGCUGCCAGAAUUCAGAAGAUCGGGUGUUGUGGAGUUGUGCCAAGAUGGAAUGACUGGGACAAAAAAUGGGUAAACUGAAAUAAUAACUAGAACAAAAACAGUGCUAUGUCAUAAAUUAAAAAGGAAUAAAAUAUAAAAAAGAUGAGCUGCAGAAAUUAUAAAUCAAGAUACAGUGGUUAAGUGUGCAUGAUCAAGAUAAUAAACAAAUUUGAUUAGAAUGUAAAAUAUACAGGGGUUGCUUAAAAUAUGAUUUAAAUAUUGGUGAUUUGUUUAUGGUUUUGAUUUAAUAAUAAAUAAGAAGGCAACAAUCUGACAAUUUUGAAAAAAAAAAGAAAAGUAAAUAAAAGCCAAAAAAAGAGAUUCUAUAUGGCCCAUACCCUGUUUGGAAAAGCAAAUUACUUUUAUAACAGAGAGAGAGGGACGAUCAAGAGAAAAAUGGACAGAAAUAUCAAACGAACUUAUUCCCUCAAAGGGGUGUUUUUCAAUCGAUCCACAAUGCCCUUUUAGAAAAAAAUAUCCUUCCGUAACCAAUUUCUAAAUAUCGUCUUUGUGGUACAUCAAAGAUUUUAAUGAUACAAAAGUAACUAGCUAGAAUGAGGAUCUUUGCAAGCGUGUUUAUUGAAAGAGAUCGUUUUAAAUCGCUCUAAUUUUUUUGAUAGAUAUAGGGGGGGGGUGAGAAAGGGUUUAUUUAGACCACAGCAUUAGUUAACUAAAACGCUUUUAUAAACCUAAACGAGGUACUAGAUUCCAAAUCUGAAGUUACAUUAAAAACUGUUUUCAUAAAAGAUAAUUUCUUUAUUGUACAAGAAUUCAAACCUUAUAGCAAUAAGGCCACCAAAGAACACCAUAUUUUUUCCAUAUCAAUAAUUACGGGCAAUCAUCGUCACCAGUUACAAUUUGGCUUACUUUGCUGUGAGUUAAAAAAACACAGACUUGGUCUAACUUUCUUAGAAAUUACUUUUUCCCACCAAACGCAACCAUCUCAGAGAUUUUAAACUGAGAUUUUGAAACGGCUACACAAUUAUUUUGAAAGAAGAAGUAAGAAGAUCGUAAGAAGAAUGCAGGUAGAAAAAAAUAUGAUCAAAGAAUUCAACCAGAAAACAUCACAUCAACAGGGCAAAGAGC